CGCGCGCCACUCAAAUUCAGUCCGGUUUUGAAAUUGUCGCUGAGCGCAACGUUUGAAGACAAACCAAUUCUCGUGUGUGUAUAUGUGUGAACUGUUUCUUCCAACAAACGUCAAGUUCCUAAGUCUUUGACUAAGUAGCUCUGAACGCUCGCAGCAGCAGUCCAGUGUAAGCGUGUAUUUUAUGAGAAAAACUACAAGUCAGCUUUUGUUGCGCUAAAACGGUGUUUUUUGUGUUGCUGAUAACUCUUGUGAAGCCGUCGGGUUUUCGUCAUUUACGAAUUUUCGUGUCCGCUCUGUGAAAGAUUUUUGAUAAAAAUUAAGUGCAAAAAUAAAUUUAAAAAAAUACAAAAAUUUCUGUUUGCUGUGACAACUUAAUAAAACAACUAAAUUUUACUAAGUCCGCAUAUUCAGCCAAAAACUAUAAACAACAAGCAAACACACAGUGACCUAACUGAAACAGAUUUGACAGCGUAAAAGUUGAAGGAUGUGUUGUUGGAUGUUUCGCACCGCUGUCGAUAAACGGAAUUGAUGAAGAAAAAUUACUAUGGUUUAAAGCAYCAUUAACCACAACAACAGCAACAGSAMAAAKCAGCAAAGCGCUCUCUCACUAACUACUCACACUUUGAAACGUCAAAAAUACGAAACUACUUAUACUCAACAAAAGAACAGCAACAACAAAACGCACUUAACAGUACUCCUUUUGAAGGAUCUAAUAACAAAAGAAAAGCAAAAAUCAAAGAACAACACACGACAAAAUGGUGUUGGUAUUGAACGGUGUCUUACAGGACGAUUGUCCAAUGGACACAAACAGUCUCUUCCUACAGCAUCCCGUUUACAGAGAUUAUGCCCAGCAACUGCUCUCCAUACCAAGAAAGUCGGUGGGCCCAGUGGGUCUGCUCUACGUGGGCCAACGUGAAAUGGCCGCUGCAGCGCCGCACGACAAGAACAUCAACAUUAUCGGCGCCGAUGAUGCCACAACGUGCAUUAUUGUUGUGGUCAGACAUUCAGGUUCAGGCGCUGUGGCUUUGGCGCACUUCGAUGGCAACGGCAUAGACGAGGCUGUCUGCACAAUGGUUGCACGCGUCCAAGAGUUGGCCUUAGGUUAUCCAGAGGGACGUAUUGAGUUGCAAUUAAUUGGUGGCUACCGAGAUCCACAAGGAUACGGCGAGGAGGUUUUCUACAGCAUAAUGCAAUCAUUCCAUAAGCAUCAUCUCGAAAUCGACUUGACUCAAGCCUGCGUCGGUGAGCUAAACACUAUACUGCGUGGCGACAUCAACUACCCAAUCAUAUACGGCGUUGGUGUUAAUAUAAAAACCGGUGAAAUAUUCCCAGCAACUUUUCUAGAUCGAGGACCGGACAGACAAUUGCGUGAUGCUCGCAAUUUCAUGGGUGCACAAUCGGUCUUGGACAUUUACGACUCCUCCUUGGGCAUGCUGCGUAUCGGCCCCUUCAAUUAUGAUCCUUUGCGCGGCGCUGAUUUGUGGCUAUCACAGACAGAUGAAUUCCUCUUGCAACACUUAUCGACGAGUCCAGACGUUGAGCCGCCACACUUCACAAUGCAGAUACGCGCGACAAUAAAAUUCAUACAAGAUAAUCAAUUCCCCGCAAUCACCGUGUUUCGGGACAAUCGGCCGCGCUACUAUCGGCGCGACGAGUCUACGGGCUGCUGGACUUUGGUUAAUGAUUGAGGCAAGACAGCGUAAAAAUAUAAAAA